CUGCAUCCGCACCUCUGUCAGCCGCGCAGAUUGGCGUGCCGCGAUGUUGCUUUCUGUAAUGAGGACGCUGAUGGAUUUACGGUCAAACUAACGAAGGAAAAAACAUGUCCGAAGUACGAAAAUUCACGAAGAGGUUGAGCAAACCUGGGACGGCAGCGGAGCUCAGACAAAGUGUGUCCGAGGCGGUGAGGACGUCCAUUGCUGUGGAGCAGCCGAAGAUCAUCGAGCCGCUGGACUAUGAGAAUGUGGUGUUUCAGCGGAAAGCUCAAAUCCACAGCGACCCACAGAGGGACCUGCUGCUGUGGCCGGCUGAUGACGUAUCAGAGGCACACAUUGGUCGGCACAGGAGAACCAUCAAUCCUUCAGUUCCUCAAAAUGCUGAGAACGAAGCUAAAAGCCUGUUCGCCAAAGAGUGCAUUAAGAUGUACAACACCAACUGGCACGUCAUCAACUAUAAUUACGAAGCCUAUUCGGGAGAUUUCCGGAUGCUGCCCUGUAAAGGGAUGAAGACGGAAAAGCUUCCCAGCCAAGUGUUUGAGGUGGAUGAGGGGGAGGAGGAUUCGUCAUCUCUCUGCUCUCAGAGAGGAGGUGUGAUGAAGCAGGGCUGGCUGCAGAAGGCCAACAUCAACAGCUCUCUGUCUGUUUCCAUGAAGGUGUUCAAGAGGAGGUAUUUCUACCUGUCUCAGCUCCCCGAUGGCUCCUACAUCCUAAAUUCAUACAAAGAUGAGAAGAACUACAAAGAAUCAAAAGGCUCCAUCUAUCUGGACUCCUGUAUAGAUGUAGUUCCGUGCCCUAAAAUGCGGCGCAAUGGCUUCGAGCUGAAGAUGCAGGAGCGCUACAGUCACUAUCUGGCGGCCGACAGCGAGGCUGAGAUGGAGGACUGGGUGAACACGAUAAAACAGGCCUUACUCAGCACAAUGGAGGACCGGAGGAAUGGCUCAGAAACUUCGGAAGGGUCUUUGGAUGACGACAGCAGUAGUCAGGGGAAACCAGAGAGCAUCACCGAGAGCUUUGGUCGGAGUCUUCAUCCUGAGCUGAUGAAGUAUGCCAGAGAAACUGACCAGCUGAGUAAAAUGAGCAGGAAUGAGGGCCGACAGAAGAUCUUCUCCCUUGAUCCUGAGGUGCAGAGAUUGGAUUUCUCAGGCAUCGAGCCUGACGUGAAGCCGUUUGAAGAGCGAUUUGGACGAAGAAUCAUGGUUAGUUGUCACGACUUGACCUUUAAUCUGCAAGGAUGCGUCAGUGAGAAGAAUGACGGUGUCUUGACCAACGUGGAGCCGUUCUUCAUCAGCCUGGCAUUGUUCGAUCUAUCCAAAGGCUGUAAGAUCUCGGCAGACUUUCACGUUGAUCUCAACCCUCCCUGCGUGAGGGAAAUGAUUCCAACGGGCUCUGCUGGAACGCCAACAGAAGCAGGAGGAGACGAAAACGACUCAGUCAUGAUGAACGGACACGGCCUGCCGCUUCUCCAGAGAGUCGCAGAGUCUCUCUUACACUUCCCCACUCAGGGUAUUUUCUCCGUCACAAACCCUCACACUGACAUCUUCCUGUUGGCCCGAGUGGAGAAGGUUUUGCAGAACGGCAUUACUCAUUGCGCUGAUCCCUACAUCAAGCCCUCCGACAUCAGCAAGACAGUACAGAAAGUGUUGAAGACUGCCAAGCAGACGUGCCAACGGCUGGGCCAAUACCGGAUGCCCUUCGCUUGGGCUGCCAAGCAGGUGUUUAAAGAUUCCCAAGGCACUUUAGACGCGGAUGGGAAAUUUUCUCCACUCUACCGCCAAGACAGUAGCAAGAUAUCAACAGAAGACCUCAUCAAACUGUUGACAGAUCUCAAAAAACCUGAGAAGAACAAGCUGCAGAUAAUCCCUGGACAAAUUAACAUCACUGUUGAAUGUGUACCUCCAGACUUGUCAAACUCUGUUACGUCGUCUUACAUUCCUGUAAAGCCGUUUGCGGAUCAGUGUGACCGCGUGUCGGUGGAAGUGGAGGAGUUUGUCCCAGAAGAGGCUCGAUUCAACCACCCGUUCACCAUCUACAAGAACCACCUCUACAUCUAUCCUCAGCAGCUCAAAUAUGACAGUCAGAAGGCCUUCGACAAAGCCCGCAACAUUGCAGUGUGUGUUCAGUUCAAGGAUUCUGAUGAGGAAGGAUCAAGCCCACUAAAGUGUAUCUACGGCAAGCCAGGGGAUCCACUAUUCACCACCAGUGCUUUUGCUGCAGUUUUGCAUCACAAUCAAUCUCCAGAGUUUUAUGACGAGAUUAAAAUCGAGCUUCCUGUGCAUAUCCAUGAGAAGCACCAUAUUCUCUUUACUUUUUACCAUAUCAGCUGUGACCUUGGCACCAAAACCACCAGUAAGAAGAGAGAGGGAGUGGAGACACUGGUGGGUUACUGCUGGACUCCUUUAUUGAAGGAUGGCAGAAUACAGUCCUCAGAUCUGCAGCUCCCCGUUUCUGCCAAUCUGCUUGCUGGUUACUUGUGUGACAAAAGCCAAGACAUAAAAAAGGUUUUCCCAUACAUCAAAUGGGUGGAUAAUGCCAAACCUUUAUUCAAAGUGCGGGCGUAUGUAGCAUCCACAAUUCACACUCAGGAUUUGCACCUUCACAAUUUCUUCCAGCACUGUCAGCUGAUGAGAUCAACAUCACAGGGCAAUCCUGCUGAACUCAUCAAAUACCUAAAGUGCCUGCAUGCGGUCGAGACUCAGGUCGUCAUCAAGUUUCUACCUACGGUGCUCGUUCAACUAUUUGAAGUCCUCAAUAUGGCAAGCAAAGAGGGUCAAGAUGUUGCCGUCAAUUCCACACGUGUAAUCAUUCACAUUGUGUCUCAGUGUCACGAAGAAUGUCUGGAGCAUUACCUGCGCUCUUUUUUAAAGUAUGUGUUUCGUAUCAACAACGCAAGUUCCGAAAACUCAGUGACGACACAUGAAGUUUUGGCUACGGCUGUGACUGUCAUCCUCAAACAAACUGCAGAUAUCAACACCUGCAACAAACUCCUCAAGUAUUCCUGGUUCUUCUUUGAGACCAUGGCCAGAUCAAUGGCUCAAUACCUCCAGGAUGGCAAUAGAAUAAAAAUGCCACGAGCACAGAGGUUUCCAGAGUCUUUCCAGCAGGCCCUGCAGUGUCUGCUGUUGUCCAUAAUGCCGCACAUCACCAUCCGCUAUGUGGAGAUUCCAGAGGAGGCUCGCUGUGUCAACUUCAGCCUGGCCUGCUUCAUUAAGCGCUGCCUGACGUUUAUGAACCGAGGAUUUGCUUUCAGCUUGAUAAAUGACUACAUGUGUGGCUUCAGCAUGAAAGAUCCAAAGGUGCUUACAGAGAUGAAGUUCGACUUUCUCAUGACCGUCUGCAACCACGAGCACUACAUUCCUCUGAAUCUGCCCAUGGCGUUCGGCCGGACCAAACUGCAGCGGGUCCAGGAUUUUAUUUCGUAUGCGGCGGAGUGUUUCGGUGUCGUAGAUCAGAGUCUGGAGUACAGCUUGACUGAAGAUUACUGCAAGAACCAUUUUCUGGUGGGUUUGCUUCUGCGCGAGGUGGCCGAUGGACUUCAGGCCUGCCCAGAGAUCAGACAGCUGGCUGUGGCUGUGCUCAAAAACCUCAUGAUCAAACAUGCCAUGGAUGACCGAUACAAUGCCUUUAAGAACCAACAGGCCCGCAUCUGCCUGCUGUACCUGCCUCUGUUUGAGCUGCUCUACCAGAACCUGAGUCAGAUGAACAGCCCCAGACAGAUCUGCAGGAAUGGCCUCGGCCUCAUGUACCGUGAUGAUUUGUCAGGGGACAGCCGGAGAAGCAGCACCAUUGUUGAUAAGGAGCCUACUGGUUCUGUCACCCAGAAUGGACUCAGUAGGAGAGGAGAGUCCAGAGGCUCCAUGUAUGGAGAUCCAGGAACUCCAGACAUCAAUGAGUUGCACAGGCGUGGUUCCACUAUGAGCACUGUACCUGCCGCUGGCCGUUUGGGCCAGUAUGAAAUCAGAGGGCUGCUACUGUGUUAUCUGCACAUCGUAAGAACUUUGUCAGAUGACACCCUGACUGCUUAUUGGUUUAAAGUCAAUCCACAGGACAUCAUGAACUUCCUCAGUCUUCUCGAGAUCUGCAUAAUCCAGUUCCGCUAUGUGGGCAGGCGAAACAUCAGCCGAAGCCAGGAACCGUGGGUGUCAAAACUCUUCUCCCCCGAGAGAAAAUCUCAGACCAUGCCGGUUCUGCGAGGACGAGCGAGCUUAAUGCAGGCCAAGCUGCAGCAGUUCAGCACUAUGGACACCUCAUUGACUCUGAACAUGGCCGGAGGUCCCACUGAGGCAGAGAUCAAUCAUCAGUCUUUGCUGGAGGGGAACACAUCGACAGAGGUCUGUCUGACGGUGCUGGACGUCCUCUCUCUCUUCACUCAGAGCUUCAAGAAUCAGCUGCUGGACAGUGAUGGCCACAACGCUCUGAUGACAAAGAUCUUUGACACAUAUCUCACUUUACUGAAAGUCGGACAAUCAGAAACCGCAAUCAAACACAUCUUUGCCUCCCUGCGAGCUUUUAUCAUCAAGUUCCAGGUUCCCCUUUUUAAAGGCCGUGUAAUGCUGUGCGGCUCUCUGUGUUAUGAGGUCUUGAAGUGCUGUAUGUCCAAACUAAGUGUCCUGCGAGGGGAGGCAUCUGCCCUUCUUUACCUGCUCAUGAGACACAAUUUUGACUACACAAAGAGGAAGAGCUUUCUGCGUGUGCAUUUACAGAUUAUCAUUGCUGUAAGUCAGCUUAUCGCUGAUGUGGCGCUAACCGGCAGCUCACGUUUCCAGGAGUCACUCUCCAUCAUCAACAACUUCGCCAACAGCGAUAAAAUCAUGAAGACCACAACAUUUCCAUCAGAAGUAAAGGGCCUGACCAUGCGGAUACGAACAGUGCUGAUGGCCACAGCUCAGAUGCGCGAGCAUGAAAAAGACCCAGAAAUGCUGCUCGAUCUGCAGUACAGUCUCGCCCGAUCCUACGCCAGCACUCCAGAGCUCAGACGGACCUGGCUGGACAGCAUGGCACGAGCACACAGCAAGAACGGGGACUUUUCUGAGGCUGCCAUGUGUAAUGUUCAUGUUGCUGCAUUAAUGGCGGAGUAUUUGCACAGGAAAAAGCUGUUCCCCAGUGGACUGGCAGCUUUUAAGAGAACCACCCAGAACAUUGAUGAGGAAGGAGCCAUGAAAGAAGACAUCGGCAUGCAAGAUGUGUACUACACUGAGGACGUCCUGGUGGAGCAGUUGGAGGUGUGUGUGGAGAGUCUAUGGAAAGCUGAGAGGUUUGAGCUCAUAACACACAUCGCCAGACUCAUCAUUCCGGUUUAUGAGAAACGACACGAGUUUGAGAAACUGAGGCGAUUGUAUGACACACUCCAGCGAGCUUAUGCAAAGAUAUUGGAGGUGAUGCAGUCUGGUCGACGGUUGCUGGGAACGUAUUUUAGAGUCGCCUUUUUCGGACAGGGCUUUUUUGAAGAAGAGGAUGGAAAGGAAUACAUCUACAAAGAGCCAAAGCUCACAACUCUGCCUGAAAUUUCCCAUCGCCUUUUAAAGCUCUAUGGGGAAAAGUUUGGCUCUGAGAACGUCAAAAUCAUCCAGGACUCCAACAAAGUUAACCAGAAAGAUCUGGAUUCGAAGUUUGCCUAUAUUCAGGUCACGUAUGUCAAGCCAUUCUUUGAUGAGAAGGAAAUGAUCGAGAGGAAGACGGAUUUCGAGAAGUGCCACAACAUCCAGCGUUUCGUCUUCGAGACUCCAUUCACACUCACAGGGAAGAAACAAGGGGGAGUUGAAGAACAGUGCAAGCGGAGGACUGUACUUACCACGGCCAACACAUUUCCCUAUGUAAAGAAGCGCAUCGAGGUGGUGGGAGAGAAGCACACGGAGCUGAAACCCAUCGAUGUGGCCAUAGACGAGAUGAAGGAGAAAAGCUCUGAACUCGCUAAACUCUGCUCUAAUCAGGAGGUCAACAUGAUCACCCUUCAGCUCAAACUGCAGGGCUGUGUUAGCGUGCAGGUGAACGCAGGACCGAUGGCCUACGCUCGAGCUUUCCUGGAUGAGUCCAAAACAGGCCAAUCUAACAAGAAAGUCAAAGAACUCAAGGAAAUAUUCAGGCAGUUUGUUAAUGCUUGCAGUAUUGCUCUGGACAUCAAUGAGAGGCUCAUUAAAGAGGAUCAGUAUGAAUACCAUGAAGGACUGAAGGCGAACUUUAAAAGCAUGGUGAAAGAGCUUUCUGAGAUCAUCCAUGAGCAGAUCUUCCAGGAGGAUAUGAUGCGUUCUCUGCUCCAGAACUCUCUCCAUGUGUUCAGAGCCAUCAGUGGAACCUCCACCGACCUCAGCUAAAUCCUGAUGCUGCUUCCAGAUCCUUCAGUUCUGCUCUCGCCUGAAUGUACAAAUCCAGAUGCUAGGCCUUCAGCUCGUGAACGAAUGUCAGCGUUCUCCACCGUGCCAUUUUGUGUACAGCUAGUUUGUGUAUAUACUGCUUUUACCAUUAGUUUUAACUUCAACAUGGACUAUUUUUAAUGCACAUUCCGGGUCUUAUUGUGUUUGUAGCAACCUUCCUUUUAGACCAUGUCACCAAGUCGCCUUAUUUCCCAGCACUUGCCCUUGGUCCAUUAUGGAAGCCCAUUUAUCACACAAAAUCAUACUUUAGUAAAUUUAAUAAAAUAUUAUAGUAAUAAAUAAAAACCUAGGAUCAACAUUAUGGUAUUAUAAAUAAACUGCGAGUUAAAAUUGAAGCUUGAUGCAUUCUGAGAUAAAUGGUUGGACAUACUGUAGAACCAAAAAGGACAAAAUGUUGAUAAGAUGAGUCAAAAUUAUGAUCGAAAACAAGUUGACGAAGAAAUGAUGCCACAAUACUUCAAUCUCGCAAGGAAACAUCUCAGAUUUGAGACUUUUAAGAAGAAAUAUAAUGAGUUAUCUCAGUCUUAUCUCCUAAUUCUGAUAUAAUUGGCCAUGUUCAUGCUAUGGUAAUCAAUUAGGACACAAAGUAGAAGAUAUUGUAUGUAUUAAAUAUUAAUGGUCAGAGUUAUAACAGUCAUAACUGGAAAGAAAUUUGCUGAUCAGUAACAUUUAUUUUAAAGUCAUAUUUUGAACUCUUGUCAAUUGAGAAUGCAAUAAUUUGACUUUCCUGACAGUUAUGAUUUCCUAAAACCCAAUUAUAAGAUAAAAGUUGUCCAUUUUGUUAUAGUUUUCUUAUUUUCCAAUCAUAACUAUGACUUGAAGUUCCAAUAUUUUAACUUUUUACCAUAAUUAAGACUUGAGUGAUGAAAAUCAUAAUUACAGAUUUUCUCAUGCAGUGCAAAUGGGCUUCCAUGGAUCAAUUAUCCAGCUAUAUGAUUGCUUUUUAUGAUUUAAACAUUUAUCAGUGGAUGAAAUCAAGUCCUAUUUCAGUUUUUCACAUAUUCUUGAAAGUCUGUCACAUUUACAGUAAGAAAAAUAGGGCAAUAAUCAGUGGAUAAAAUCAAGUCCAAUUUAAUUUUUGAACAUAUUCUUGUAAGUCUGCCACAUUUACAAUAAGAAAAAUGAGUCAAUAAUGCCACAAUAACUUGGCUGUAAAUGAACUGUUGUGUAAGUUUUGCAUCCCAGCCAAACAAGCCAUUUAAAUAACACCAUGGGAAAAACACCUACUGGUACAGUGAUGAUCCACCAAAGAUCAGGUGCACAGUUUAUGCAGCAUGCUUGCGUUUCCAUAUUAUAUCACUUCUGAAAAUUCCAGGUGAUUUUAAAUCCUAAAUCCGUGAGAUUGCACUGAAUGAUGAUAUUCAGGAUUGUACAACGCCUGCAUUUUAGCAAAAGAUGUCUUCCGAAAAUCUUCAGUCAUAACACACAAACCAACUUCAAAAUUAAUCACACUUUCACGAAAUAUAUGAAAGGAAAAUAUUUUAUUUUAUAUUGAUUUCUAUAAUAACUUAAUACAUUUUAAUGCAUUUAAAUCAAGCAGAUGAAGGUGCAAUUAAAAUGUGAGUUUUUGAAUCAUUAUUUUUGACUUUUUUACUGAUCAAAUCAUUACAUUAGUGUCCUCGUUUACGUCACUUUUCGCUCAAAAAAUAUUUUUUGUUGCUUGUUGAAACUACUUCUUUAAAAUGAGCUGAAACAACACAAUUCUUGAGAUUUUGAUGGGACAACUAACUUUUUUUAAGUUCAAUCCACUUAAAUUUGUAAAAACUAAUAACCUAAUUCCUUCAUGUUGUCCCAACACAAAUCGAUUGUGUGGAAUCAGCAGUGUUUAUUUAUAUUUGUUUCCUGGUGCAAACUGCAUAAUAGUCUGAUAGAUGCAUCUUUUUUAAGAGGUCAGUGCUACUGCCAUCGAAACUAACUGUUAAACUAGCUGCUACUGUAUGUGGUCAUGUCAAUGUCCCUCUUCCCUAUUUUCAGUGGUUGCUAGAUCAUUUCUGUCAUUAAAUUCAAUCGAAACCAUCUGGAGUUAUUAUAUGCAAUUAAUUGCGGCUGUAAUUGCGGAUGUUAAAGAAUGUCUGAUUUCAUUGGCAGAAAUGCAGAAUGUACAAUAGCAGCAGAUUGAAUUUUGUGAUUCCCUUUGUUUUAUUGGCUGGUCGUUCGUAACGUCUCAUUGGUUCAGCCAGUAAAGCCCAUCCAGGGUUAAUUUAUUGACGAAUGCUGUUAAUGUUUAUCUGCUGCACUGAAUAUGCAAAUUACAAACAGAGGAUGUGUAGAUUUAUAUAGGAAAGUUGUCCGUUUGUUGUAAAUGUACAUUAUGUAAGUAUGAGCGUACGUGCACAUGGAAAUGUAUACAGUAUUGAAAGAGCAGUAUUUGCGAGCACUCGUAUCUCUCAGAUGUCUGGACUUAUUAGUCUAGAAGCCAUCUGAUCAGCAACGGACGGUGAAUUUGCUAGAAAGCGGAUGGUUUGAGACCAUUUCCCAAUAUUAGUUUCGACAUUUCCUUCAUGUUUUGUCAGCAUAUUUUGUGCGAUUGUUGAUUCUUUCUUUUUUUCUUUCUGUCUCAUCUGUAGUUCAUAAGAUAAAGAUGCAUUUCUAAAGAAAA